AGUACUUUGUCCUGCGCGCGCUUGUGGCGCCUUUCUUUGGCUGAGACGCUCGAGCCCUUUCAGCGAUAUUACCAAAUAUGUUUCGUGUCUAAUUUAUGUCUACACAGCGUUGAAGGAUGCCGCUGUCCACGCAGUCGCACGUGCGCGAUGAGCACUAUGUGCUCGCGGCCAGUCUGGACAACGUGCGCAACCUGUCCAACAUCCUGAAGGCGAUCGCCUUCAAGGAGCACGCGUUCUUCAACGCCACGGCCAACGGACUCAAGGUCACCGUGGAGAACUCCAAGUGUGUGCAGGCCAACGCCUUCAUACAGGCAGAAAUAUUCCAGGAGUUCACCAUUCACGAAGAUUCAGUAAAUUUUCAGGUCAACCUGACUGUCCUCCUGGAUUGUCUCACCAUAUUUGGAGCAAGCACUGUACCAGGGGUUGCAACUGCCCUGCGGAUGUGCUACAGUGGCUACGGCUAUCCACUGACUCUGUUCCUGGAAGAGGGGGGAGUGGUUACCGUUUGCAAGAUCAACACCCAGGAGCCUGAGGAGCCCAUUGACUUUGAGUUCUGCAGCACCAAUGUCAUCAACAAAGUGAUUCUACAGUCUGACAGCCUGAGAGAAGCCUUUUCUGAGUUGGACAUGACCAGUGAGAUACUACAAAUCACCAUGUCCCCUAGCCAGCCGUAUUUCAGGCUAUCUACAUUUGGAAACUCGGGGAGCGCUCACUAUGACUAUCCGAAGGACUCUGACAUGAUGGAGCUAUUUCAGUGCACAAAGACCCAGACAAACAGGUACAAGAUGUCCCUCUUGAAGCCGUCCACUAAGGCAUUGUCUCUGUCCUGCAAGGUGUCCGUACGGACAGAUAACCAGGGUUUCCUGUCCCUGCAGUACUUGGUGAGAAAUGAUGACGGGCAGAUCUGCUUUGUGGAAUAUUACUGCUGCCCAGAUGAAGAAGUGGAAGAUUAGUCUGAUUUAUUAAGGAAAAGUAUUCCAAACCAGACUUUUCACAAUCCUCUCCACCAACUCCACAAAGCUUGUAUUUUUUUCGCACUGUGUUCUCAACAGCUAUAGAGCAUUACAGAAGUAUUUUGUAUUUGAUAAAAUGUAAAAUAGUGUUUAUGCUGAAUAAACUUGAUACUUGCUCUCUGCCUUA